AUGGCGCUCGUCGCCAGGUUGGUCUCCAAGUUCAACCAAUACUACGAUGAACGGCCACUCCUUACCAUGAUGGUGACCAACGCCAUCCUCGGAGGCAUCGCCGACACGACGGCCCAGACCAUCACGGCCCUCCGCCUAAAGGCCAUCCGCAAGCCCGGCGGCAUUGACAAGGACGAUGGCGUCGCCAUCGAGAUCCACGACCUCGACCGCAAGAACCCCUUCUACGAGAAGGACCUCAUCCCGGACUCCAAGCACCUGCCCCCGCCCUUUGACUUUGAGCGCCUCACGCGCUUCAUGGCCUACGGUUUCGGCAUGGCGCCCCUGCAGUUCCGUUGGUUCAAGUUCCUGUCGACAGCCUUCCCCAUUACCAAGACGAGCGCCUUUGUGCCCGCCAUGAAGCGAGUCGCCUUCGACCAGCUCAUCUUUGCGCCCUUCGGUCUGCUCUGCUUCUUCUCCGUCAUGACCGUCGCCGAGGGCGGUGGCCGCCGCGCCGUGCUGAACAAGCUGCGCGACAUGUACAUCCCCACGCUCAAGGCCAACUUCAUCGUCUGGCCCGCCGUCCAGAUCAUCAACUUCCGUUUGAUGCCCGUCCAGUUCCAGCUGCCCUUCGUCUCCACGAUCGGUAUCGCCUGGACGGCCUACCUCUCGUUGACCAACGCUUCGGAAGAAGUUGACAACCGUCCCGCGGCCUCCCGCGAGGACGCCCACAUCCGCCUCAGCUAG